GAUCAGAUAAACACAUGCCUCAAAUGGGGGAGACAUGCAAGAUCACCUCCGGUUCUUUGGGCUGAUCGGAGGGUGAGACGAGACGAUGAGCUGCAGAAGUGACAAGGAUGAACGAUCCCAGGAGGAAUCAAGAAUUAGCCCCAGCUUACAGUGGAUAGACCCAAAGGAGGAGUUAGAUGAUGAGGCAACAUGCGAAGCUCUGGUCACCAGCCGAAAGGCACUGUAUGCCAGACAACUCAUAGAGAAAAUGGAGGAAAUGAAACUAGAAGAAGAGAUUCAACAGAAGGUUAAGAGGAAAUGUAAAGAUAAGUACAGUGAGUACAUGAAACAGUUAGAAAACAUCUAUAAGAAUGCAGAAAUCCAGAGAAAGGAGUACCUUGACCAACGCGACAGGAGCCUAGAACUUGAGGAAACUCAGCUUCGACGGCGAGAGGAAGACGACGCCAAGAUAAUAAAGAAACAAGAAGAGGAAUACAGCCAAUACAUAGCACAAGAAUCACGGAAGCUGCUGGCAAUAGUUGAAGAAGCACAGCGGAAGGAAGCCGAGCAGGCCAGCCAAAGGAGGGCCCUCUUGAACCAGCUGCAGAAUUCCAAGGGUUCCUUCGUCACCAAGAUUUCACAGAUGAAUCAGCAGUUGAAUGAUCUCCAAGAUAGACAGUUUUUGGAACCCUCAACUGAGAGCUUCCUCAACGAUACAUUAACACACGUCUCGGAGGUGAUAGAUGGAGCGGAACAGGAAUGCGUAGGCCAGCCUGAACUCCAGCUGGCGCAGCAGACACUACAGGAUGCCAUUGUUUAUGUUGACAAUCUUAAUGCCAACCUCAAAGCUAAGGUAGAAGAGAAAAAGAACUUACAGCUAGAGGAGCAAAGGAAAGCAGCCAAGGAAGCAGAAGAGGCAGCAGCAGCACAGGCACGGGCACAAGCAGAAGCAGAAGCUGUGAAACCAGAGCAGCAAGCUGCAAACAUAACACAGCAGGGCACCAGUGGCCAGACAGAUGGAAGAAAACAAGAUGCAAGUGUUAUGUGUAUCACACUGAUAAGAAAUGGGAAGAAGAGGUUUGCAGAGAUGCAGAAGAAAGUGGAGCCGUAUCUGAAUGUCCAAGGGCAGGUGGAUAACAAGAAGCGGAUGGAUCUGAACCGUGCCAUGGGAGUGAUCAAUCAGCUGAGCUUAAUAAAUCACAGUGUGAACAGAGAAAAAAUUCAAAACAUCAUCAGAUUAUUAUCGGGAAGGCAGCUCCAAAUAGGAACCAAGAUGUACAGUACCGAAAACAAUCCAGUGUUGAUGGCGUACGUGAAGAAUCACAUUGCCAGCAUGAUCGUCAAGCUGGGUCAUGACAAGCAAGCUGGGGGAGGUGUCGGGGUAGCUGCAUAUGCUUGGCUUAUGACAGAGUUAAUCCAGAUUCACCCAGAUAUGUGGGACCUGUUUCUUUUCCACAUGUUUGAGACAUGUCCCUACCUCAUUCCUAUUUACCCUCUAGCCGAGGAGGGCCAGAGCGAAGAGGAGUUUGAAAAGGCUAGAGGGUUAUACAAGAAGGAGAAACAGGAUGCUUUUUGUGGGCGUAUGGGAAAUGCUGCCCUUAUGUAUGGAUUGGUUUUGUAUAGACUUAAGAAUAAGCCAGAAAGUGCUUUCCAUGCACCUGUAUUAGGAUGGGAACUUUUGGUAAAAAUGUGUUCACUGCCACCCAUAUCUGGUGUAACGGCAGCUGUCCUCCACUCCUUCCUGAGUGCAUUUGGUGUUUGUCUUCAGCAAGUAUAUGACAAACAGUUUACAAAAUUAAUGGUCUACAUAACCACUGUGUACUUACCCAAAAUAGAGGCAUCAACUGGAAUGGGAGGAGCUCAGUCUCUAGAUCAGUUAAAGAAAAUGAUUGACACAUUAAAAAGAACCAGAAACUUCAAUAAAUAUGAGCAUGUGGAUAAGUUUAAAUAAAAUUGAUCUUUUAAGAAUUAUUCUGCUUCAUUUUAUUUUAAAAUAUACAGUUGACUCAUUUGUAAUGACAAUAGUCACCAGUGACUAUUCUAAAAGGACUUGUGAAUGAUAUAAUCACUAUUUUUAUUGGUCUUUGGACUGAAACUGAACUCCCUUCACCUUUAACCUCAUAAUUUGUUAAAUGUAUUAAGCAUUUAUUAAAUAUACUUUUAGAUGAAUAAAAAAUGUGUCCACCCCUUUGUAAAACAUGUAAUCAGAGAAUAGAGUGUAUAGUUCCCAUUCUUCAGAAAAGUAAACUAUAUUCAUCAUUGUUCAGGAGAGACAUGCUAAUUUACAAUAAAUGAAAAUUUACCCAAA